CUACGGGAGGAGGGGGAGGGUGAGGAGAAAAAUGAAGUCAAUUAUACAACACCGCAGCUCUAUACAGCUCACUCCUCUCCUCUCCUCAUCUCCUCUGUGAGCUGGGAGCCUACUACUACAGCUGGUGGCUCCACAUGCGGCGCUCACCGGGCACACCGGCUCCAGUCUGUAGGCAUGUCGGCGGCCGGUGACUCUGACGGGACGGUGGACAAUCCAGCAGAUCUCGCUGCAGAGGAGGAAGGCCCAAGCCAAGCUGGGCCCUCGCUGUCAGCUGUCGAGCUGCCAAGGAAACGAAAGGGAGAUGUGGAGGAGAGGUCACCCACCCAUGUACAGCAGAGCGAUGACUUCCAAAUGGACAGUGACCUCAGCAGAUCUGGAGGGGAGGAUCAGCAAGUCAAAAUGAAAUGCUUCAGGGAGCCUCACCGACAGAUUGAGAAGCGGAGGAGGGAUAAAAUGAACACCCUCAUUGACGAGCUGUCCGCCAUGAUCCCUGCCUGUCAGCCCAUGGCUCGGAAACUUGACAAACUAACUGUACUGCGGAAGGCCGUGCAACACCUGAAAGCCCUCAAAGCUGGGACAAGCAGCGCCUUUACAGACACCGCAUACAAGCCUUCCAUCCUGCCUCAUGAUGACAUCAGGCAGCUUCUGCUCAGGGCUGCGGACGGUUUCCUGUUAGUUGUAAGUUGUGACAGGGCUAAAAUCCUGUUCAUCUCCGAGUCCGUCUCCAAGAUCCUCAACUUUAACCGGGUGGAGCUGACCGGGCAGAGCUUGUUUGAUUUCAUCCACCCCAAAGACAUCAACAAGUUGAAGGAACAGCUGUCAUCUUCGGAGAACACUCGCCAACGCCUCAUUGAUGCUGCAACUGGUGUUCAGGUCCAGGUGGAUUCCCCCGUCAGGCCUCCCCACUUUUCCACUGGAGCUCGGAGAUCCUUCUUCUGUCGGAUGAAGCACAGUCGGGUAUCAGGGAAGCAAGGGGACAAACACUCACUGCCCAGUACUUACAAAAAGAAAGACACUUACAGAUACUGUACCCUCCACUGCACUGGAUACAUGCGGAGCUGGCCCAGCAGCCAGCUGGAAUCAGAGGGUGACACUGAGAAGGAAACUUCAAGCCUGACCUGCCUGGUGACGGUGUGCCGCCUCCUCACUCAGGUGUCCCAUCAGCCGUCCAAAGAAAUCAGCGUUAAGCCCUCUGAGUUUAUUACCCGCUGUGCCAUUGAUGGCAAGUUCACUUUUGUCGAACAACAAGCCACAACAGUUAUCGGUUACUUGCCGCAGGAAGUUCUCGGCACAUCGUGUUAUGAGUACUUCCACCAGGACGACCUGCAGCACCUUGCAGAGAAACACAGGCAAGUUCUUCGAAGCAAAAAGAAGAUUGAGACACAGUGCUACAGGUUCAAAACAAAACAUGGCUGCUAUGUUUCACUCCAAAGUCAGUGGUUUAGUUUCACAAAUCCAUGGACCAAAGAAGUUGAGUUUAUCGUGUCUUUAAACAGGGUUAUCUCCAGGGGGCCUGGUCCCACAAAAGAUGAGGAGGCAGGCAGCUCAAAAGCACUUCAGGAAGACACAAAGCAAUUACCCAUAAUUCCUGGCCUUUCCAGUGGUUUGGGCACAAUGAUCUACGCAGGCAGCAUAGGGACCCAAAUCGCAAAUGAGCUCAUCGACUCUUACAGCAGGAUGAACUCCUCUCCAUCAAGCGGAGCUUCCAGUCCAUUUGGCCCAGCCCAGGAGAAAUUUCCACUGGUUUCCCCACAAACCAGCACAAGUGCACAUCAUUGGAAGCAGCUUGCACAGGUCGUGACCAGACAUUUGAUUGAGUUCGCAACCUCAUGCAACAAUAACAUGAAGUGUCCAGCAGAGAGGAGGCAGCAGGCAGUUCAUCACAGUCCCAGUCUGACUCGAGGACAGCAGCCGGCCCCAGCAGUGCAACUUCUGAAAGUUCAGGCGAGCCAUCUCAGCUGGAAUUGGACAGCAUGGUGGUGCCAGGCCUCAGCAGCUUCAGCAGCGACGAGGCAGCCAUGGCGGUCAUCAUGAGCAUGCUGGAGACGGAUGUAAACAUGGGUCAAUCAGGGGACUUUGAUGACUUACACUGGCCUUUCUAGAGGGCGCAUAGACUUCAAGCUCUCACAUGCUUUUUGUGCCGUUUUCUUGCCGAGAUCUCGGCCGUUCAGUUCUUCAUUCUGUGGCUGACCGAGCUGGCCUUGCACAAUUGAACCCACUGGACUCGUUCCAAAGGCUGCAACAUGUCAUACUUGAGGAAGCCUCAAGAAGGAGUUUGUAGGAAUAAUUGUUACUGUGAUUACCUUCUUGGUCCUCCCUGGCUCUUGCCUGAAGGAAUGUGAGGUUAAAGAGCCUGUGGUAAUUCAGUGUCUUCUUCGGUGACACUUCAGCAACCUCAAAAGGGUGCUUUUGCCCCCAUGAGUGACUGAGGUCUGGAGGAGAAUCAGACUCCUGCCAUGUGCAGUGCUGCUAGAGAAACUCCUUUGACAUUUGCAAAACCUUCGGUACCCAGUGAUGACUUACAUGUUUUUCAUAACAUGCUCUGAUUGUUCCAUUUUUUUACUCUGUUUUUUUAAAGCACCCCUUCAGAUACAUUUUAAGUCAUGUAAAAAAUAAUAAUGUUCAUCCGAUAAGUGUCCGGUAAGUUCAGAAGAAAGCUAAAAAGAACGUUUACCACUUCUCCCCUUUAUUAAGAAUUGCAGACUCAUUGAAUAUGCAAAUAUGGAGAUGCCUCAGGCAUCACACCAGACUCUUACAGAGGACUGUGGCUCCCACAGCCACAGAAAGCUAGUCUCUUAAUAGAAGUCAAGAUGAUUCUAAUCGUGUCAAUCGUGUUCAGAAAUGAUUCAGAUAGUAAGUCUGAUUAUGUCAACACACAGCAGCUGUCAACUUUUACUGAAGUGGCCAAGCAACUCUCAUACACUACAACAGGGGUAGAAUCAUCACAUAAUCAGAGCACAUAAGCUCAGCUGAGUCUAACAAGAUAUGCUGGGUGUGUGCACAUUUUCAAAGCUGUAGUUGGAAACUUUUUUGUCAUAUUUGCUGAAAGUGUCACCAUAGCCACACAAAAGUACACGAGACAGAUAAUCUGUGAAAAAUGUUUUCAGAAACAUUUUGGUGUACUGUUUAGCUGUAAAAUGAGAAAAUUUGCUCUGGCAUGUGGGUGGUGCCUGGGGCUUUAUUUGAUCGUUUAAAACAUGGUCACAAACUUUCUCAUUUUACAGCUAAACACUAACAUAUUCCUGAAACACAUUCCUGAAAACAUUUUAGGCAAGAAAUGGGCAAUGCAGUAGCAGAAUCUUGAUUCAUAUUUGAUCAAUGCCGCCCAAUUGACAGUUUGACCACUGAUGAUGGACAACAGGUUAGAGAGUCCUCGGCUCUGACUGGUUUUUCCAUGAGCUGCAGUAGGCUUGUAGCAAACGCCAUCAGAGGCAAUGAGAGGAGGAGGACGGGCAUAAUUGUUUUCACAUACUACUUUUCUGUGUCUCAGAUCAAAUGCCUUUGCACUUGCUAUUUUUAGAUCAUAACUGCAAUCACACUGAGAAGUAUGGCAAAAUGCAGUACACUGUGAGCACCCAUAUAGUGCAUUGAAAUCAGUCAAAAAGUUUAGUGUGGUACAUUGGACACUUUUCACCCUCAGUGGUCAUCAUGUUGCUCACCACAAACACAUUUCAAACUUAUGAAAUGUUGACCAACUACCACGGUGAACACUGAAGCAUUGCACAAACAUACAUGUGUAUUUUUCACUAACACUUUACUGUUUUUUGAAUAUAAGCCAUCAGUUUGUUUAUUGUGUUAAUCUUGUAAUAAUUUGGUAGCCUACGACACAGCUAGCUAACAGAGGCCCAUUUUAUCAUCAGGCACUGACAUUACUUGUGUUGUGGAGUAAGCUAUAAGAUCUAUGGGCAUAAUUUACGUUUGGUGUUUAUGCAUGUUAAGUUGCCGUCUUCACUGUCGAAGAUUUCAGUAUUACAUUUGUGGUCAGAAGCGUGACAAGUUGUAAAUAUUUUGCAAAAUGUGGCAGCUAUCAUUAACUUGGUAGAUCAGCUGGUGAUAGAGCCAGCCAGUAUCAGCCAUGGAUGUUCAUAGAUACAGAAACGUGCCAUGAAAGCACAUUUAUUUUUGAUAUAAUAAAUAAAUACAGAAAAAGUCAAGUGAGCAAUGGCAGCUCAACAUGCAUUUUGGCAAAUGACAACUGUUCGACAAAUUUUGGUGAAAAUGCUCAAAAGGUUGCCAUAUCUUGCAAUCGUCAUUUCUAUUAAGUGUGCAAUGGCCAUGUUUGAUUUGAGACACUACUACCUUGUCAAAAUUUGUGUGCAUAGUGUACGCAGUGUACUGCAUGUGAGUGUAGCCUACCUUGGACAUAUCCGAUUUCUCACACAGCAUCUGUCUCAGUAAGUACUGUGUGGAUGUAGUCAUGGUGUCAGCACAUACAACAGAGUUUUGUUCAAGUUACCAACUGUAGCAUUAAAGAAUUAUUGGACUUUGAACCAUCAGAAAAUACUGUGACAAAAAUUUUUUGCACCUAAAUUACAUGAGGCCGCCAACAUGUAAUGUCGGAUUUUACCAACUAGCUAAUAACAGCUAUUAGCAAUGACUGCUAACACUAUCAAAAACUAUCACAGAGUUGUGUUUCAUGGCCAAAGCUUUACUUUGGGACUGUUUUUGAUUAAAUGAAUACUUGAAUAUUGACUCAUGUUUACAGUUUUAGUCCCAGGAUAAAUAGUUGGCAUGGCAACAGGCUCUACAUUCAACUUUCUUAAAUCAAAACUCACACAAAUACAACCCAGUGCUGUCUAUGAGGUAAAGAGAAGGAAGGCGAAACUAAAUGAUACAUCUUUAGUUUCAAAAGGUUAACUGCUUGUUGCAACCUUUGCCGAAAGGUAAUUUUUUUGGAUGUAUUGAAGGUUUCCCGUUCCCAUGUUGCACUUACAUAAUUUGCAUAAUAAUUAGAUUCCAGUUGUGCUGUCACAAAUCAAUUUAUUAUGUACAAAGACAAUUCCUGCUUUAGCUAAGGAAUGUAGGUGAAAACCACUCCUGUUAAGUCCAAAAUAUCUAUUUCCAUAGAGGAAAACACAUUUUUGAAAUGAGGGGUCUGGGAGUAUUUCUCCAUAAGGUUUUCAUAUUGAAUGUGAACUAAAGAACUGAGCCCUGGUAUGUAUAGGCUGUCUUUUUACAUAUCUCAUAUUAACUGUGCUCCAGACAGCUCUGUAAUGGUAAUCCAGUGAACUCCAGUGAAACAUGGAAGGUCUUACGUGGUUGGGGGAAUGCUUUCCAGUGUUAACAAGGGACAAGCCAACACAUUAUUAGACCAGAGUUUAUUACUGUUGUGUCAUGUCUAAUAUGCCCAUCUUGCUUUGCCCUUCCUGUUGCCCCAAAAUAGUAUAUGAACAGCCCAACCCUGCACAAAAAUUAGCUAUAGAAUUUGUGAUGCCAUGGAGACAGUAUUGUUGCAGAUGAUCUAUUUCUGAAUGUCCCAUUACCAAAACAGCCUCUGGUAAAAGAAAACCCCACAUUCUGGAUCAAUUUUGUUGUUUGGUGGCUUUUUUUGCGUGUCAUUUUGAAAUCAAAGAGCUAAAAAAACUGGUUGAGGUCUCAGUAAGGGGUGUGGCCACAAUCAUGAAUGAUCACAUUAUUUAUUUUCUUAUGGCCUAACUUCAAAUGAGGGAUGUAAGUUCACCGAAACAGUAAAUGAGAUUUGAUGAAAGAAUAACCCCUGAAAUGUACUGUAGACUGAUAUUAACAGAGUAUGUGGGGGUGGAUUUUACUUUAAACACAGUAACUGGCCUUCGUGCUGCACCUGUUAUAUCACUGAUUCCUCUAAUCUUGAAAGCAUAAUGUGAUUGUGACGCCUUGAACACAUGUUGUUUCUGACAGGGUUCAAUUGUAAAUUGACCGUUAUGUGCUGUCUUUGGCUUUAUAAGCAAAACUGUUGGACAAUAUUUGCAGUUGCCAUCAGUGCCAUUUGAAAUGGACACUAAAGCCUGUUUAACAUGCCCUGCUAUCAUAACACAAAAUGUCUGAUAUUUCUAUGUGCAAAUUAUUGUUGAUGUAUCUGCUGUAAGAGGAUGGAGGUUGAAGUCUUUGAAAG